CUGUCAUUAUUUACAUUGCUGCACAGCCCACACUGUCUCGCCGCACCGGCUCUGGUCACGUGCUUCGCGGGGCAGCCAAUUGGAAGUACUCAUGCAGCAGGUACGCGUUUCAAACUGUGAUUGUCGCCAGGAGACGUAAUAGAGACGCAGGCCCCGCGGCGCAUUCCGACUUGGGGACCGGGGAACCCCCUGUUUACUAGGAAUUCCCUUAAGGCAGUCCCACAGCAUGGAGCACAGAAUUAUAGGACCAGGACCUUACAGGGCCACCAAGCUGUGGAAUGAAACAAUUGAGCUUUUUCGUGCUGGAAUGCCACAGAAAAGGCAUCGGGUUCACUUCAAAAUCUACGAGAGGUGCUUUACUGCAAUAGAGGCUGUGGAUUUCCUGCAUGAACUGCUGCAAUGCAACCAGAACUUUGGUCCCGAGGUCACCCGCACCCAAACCAUCCAGCUGCUGAAAAAGUUCCAGAAGAACCACGUCAUUGAGGAUGUGAAAGGGAGAUGGGGCAAGGAAGACUUUCAAGAUAACGGCUGCUUAUACAGAUUUCCACCAACCUCUCCACUGAAACCAUACCCCAAAAGACCCCCCUGCAGACCCAAUCCCAUUCCAUUCCCACAGUGGAGUGAUCAGGGAUCGCUGACAUCUCGGGUGCAAAUACAUGGGAAGUCUAUAGAUCUGAACUCGGAAGCAUGGUACAAGCGUCACAGCAUAGCAAUCGGGGAGGUGCCCAUGUGGCGUUUGGUUAAGAGGAGGGAGUUAACAGCAGCUCAUGUUGAGGAAAUCUGGAAAUCAAGAACUCUUCUCCAUCUAAAGAAGAUCCUCGGACUUGAUUCCCUGAAUGAUGUGAUGGACACAAAGCAGCUGGAAGCAAAGCAUAUAUUGCACAACAUCUACAACACUAAUAAGCAGGGGAUUGUGGUGUUGGAUGACAGAUCAAAAGAGCUCCCUCACUGGCUGCUCUCGGCCAUGAAAUGCUUGGCAAACUGGCCGAACUAUUCGGACUGGAACCAGCCAAUGUAUUUGGGAUUUGAGCGAGAUGUAUUCAGAACAAUCAAGGAUUAUUACAGUUUCCUGAAGGAGCCACUUCUCCCUUUUCAUCUUUUUGAUGCUUUUGUAAACGCUCUUGGCCUUCUGCAGAAGAAGCACGUUGCAAUUGAAGCACUUCAGCUCUGCUGUCUUCUCCUGCCUCCAGAAAAUCGAAGGAAGCUGCAGCUUCUAAUGAGGAUGAUGGCAAAAAUAAGCUUGAACAGAGAAAUGCCACCUCUGUGUGAUUCCACUGGCAACCGGGCGCUGAUGGUACAGACAUUUUCUCGCUGUAUCCUUCGUUCCAAGGAUGAAGUAGACUUAGAUGAACUUCUCUCCACCAAACUGGUGACUUUCAUGAUGGAUAAUGCUCCGGAUAUUCUCACUGUGCCGAUAACCUUAAAGAACACAGUAGAAGAUUAUGUUGCCCAGCAGCGAAGAGUUCAGAUCAAGUACCCAGGAUCUGAUAUGGAGACCACGCUUAACCCCACCUUUGUCCAGCCGCAGACCCCAGCCCAUGACUAUGAAUACCAGAAGUUAAGCCAAACUCCAGAUCCAGCGAAGGUCCUGCUGGAGGAAAUUAUAUCAAAUAAGCAAAUCUCUGCUAAGGAAAAGAAGAAGCGUCUCAAACAGUUCCAGAGAUCCCAUCCAGAAUUAUACAAGCAAAGCUUUCCAACUCCUGACAGCGAAGCAGCACUUUUCCCUGAGAGACCAAGCUUAAAGUCGCAACUCUUGUUUUUCACACUGAAGCGACCUUUUCAAUCAUUUCAGAGAACCCGGAGCUUUCGGAUGUAGCUGCGGUUAUUCGCCCUUAUCUAGACUGGACUGUCACGUUCGCAGGAUUAUACUGAAUAUCUUCUGCUGGCAGUUGGAUACAGCACCCUGUAUAAACCCUGAGACACUGAAUUUUACCCCAAGCCUUUAUCAGUAUUGUGCACAUAUGAUUGUUAUAGGUCAGUUAUGCUCGGUGAUGUAUGUGUGGAAGCGACUGGAGCCUGUGCUGUGGAGUUCACAUGUGCACGAGAAAUAUGAAUUUAUAUUCGGAACAUUUCAGACCAUACAUGUAUGUUUUUUCAUCAUGUACAUACUUGAAUUACGUUGACACACUGAAAAUUAUAUUUUUGUAGCGUUCUACUUUCCUGUGUCAAAACUGAACAUUUGGUAAAUUUUAUAUAUUUUACUGGCAACUUUUUUUUAAUGGAAAUUAUUUUUUUUAGUGAGUAAAGUAUAAUUGACUAGAGAUUGAUGCUGGAUUCUUGACAAACAAGUAUGUGUAAUAUUUUUUUAUAUGCAGUUUGUCUUCGGCAAUAUCUUCUGAUUAAGUAUUGUUUCACCUUAUAGAUAGGAUUCUGGGAGUUCCAACCACUCUAGGGCUGCGGGCUAGUCACCUGUAAAAAAAAAAAAAAAAAAAAAAAAACUAUAUAUAUAGUUCCCAGUUAGAAAGCACUUACGGCAAGUCGCUCACAUCAGCGUUAGAAUAAAAUUGUAAACUUUAUUUUAAUAUAGACGUGUUUGAUCUGUAGGAGAUCGUCAUCAGGAUCUGAUGACGAUCUCCUACAGAACGAAACGCGUCAUUACUUGCCGUGAGUGCUUUCUAACUGGGAACUGUGUUAUUUAUGGUGAGCACCCGGCCCUCGGUUCAAAAUGUGGUGAGUGCAGAUUAGAAGGAAGGAUAUAUUCCUUCCUGAUGAUGGCUUGAGUUUGUAAGCCGAAACGUUGAAAUAAAUCUACCAGCUUUUUUUUCACUUA